GAGGCUUGACAGCCUCCGCUGUCAGGCAGGCACCGGUACUUGUUACGGCGGUGAAGACGAUGCGAGAACCCCGACAUAAAAGCUUAUACACCAGUCGAGCUGGCCAUGGACGGGCAAUGAAAUGGGUAUGAACGAUGGUAAGCAAAGAUUUGAAGAUUGCUAUGUACAGUGGCAAGUGUGCAAGCAAAACAAGCGGAAAAAGGGGAGACGGAGUCGAUGAUAGCCGCACGUGCAACUUAAGGAGGGCUUCGCUUUCCUCCCGCGACGACUCCCACAGACGUGCCUCUCUUCUAUCCUUCCUCCCCUCAUCUCUAUUUCAUCUCGUCCCGGUCGUCGUCGUUGUCGACAAUGCCCACAAUGCCUUCAGAACAUAGCCCACCUGCGACACACGAUCAAUCUCAGUCCGAACACACCCAGUCUCAAAUCAAGUACUGCUCCUCGUGUCACUCCUCGCUUGCCAACGACUCUCCGACUCCUUUCCUCAUCCAGCCUGGGCAAGAUGCAACAGACACCACAGCAUUUCUCUGCCCAGUCUGUGGCUCAUGUAGUGUAUCGCCGCAAACGAGAGACGACUUGUUUGCGGAGGGAGAGAGGAACUUGCUUCGUUGGGCGGCAUCUCUGCACGAUGGAGGCAACGAGGCUAAUGCAAGGCAUUCAAGCAGCCUCCGUGAAGAUGAUCAUUCCUCCCAUGAUUCCUGUCCCGAUGAAGAGAUGGACGUAGAAGCCUCCGUUUCUCAUCCUGCACUCUCAAGCCGCCCAGUGACACGAUGUGCACGAACUUACACGCCCUCCUCUGAACCUCCUUCCAAUGUGACGCAUUCGUCUGGGCCAACGCAUGUCCCGUUAUCCAUUGUAAUCAGUCAAGUUGUUGCGCCUCAUGAGUCUCGCAGUUCCCCCGUCCAUGUUUCAUCUCCCCUACCUUCAUCUCCGUUUGCAUCUACCAGCAAGCAUCGCGCUCGCCAGUCCUCUCCGCCCGAUCCGCUUCUAGACAUCACUCGCCUCAGGGUUCGCUCACAGGGUCACCAUUGUCUCUAUCCUGGUGCCACGUUUCAGGGGACUCAGAAGAGCGGGAGAAACAGCUACGAUGUCAAUGUCACGAUAGUGGAUGUGGAUUUCUCUUCAUCUCACCUUUGUGGCUACCUCCGCAUCCGUGGCUUGACGGAUGAUUGGCCUGAACUCACUACCUACUUUGACGCCGAGAUCAUUGGCAGUCGAUAUGGUUUCUUGACGCGGAACUGGGGUGCCAGCGAACAGGAAGACAUGGUUCAUUGGGGCCGAUUCCCGGCGUUCCGCCAUAUCAGGCCUGAAUUGAAGAAACCUCACUUGACAAUGAGCGAUGCGGAUAGAGGAGCCGUUUUUAUGAGGUGGAAGGAGAAGUUUUUGGUUCCUGACCAUAGGGUUCAAGAUAUCAAUGGUGCGAGCUUCGCAGGUUUCUAUUACGUCUGUGUAGACUUUAACCCUCAGCACACUGGCUCCCUUGUGAGCCAGGCGUCUCAGCAUCUCCCUCUCCCUUCUUCUCCCGAAGACGUCACUCCGUUGCAAUCGCCAUCGCAAUCACCAAGAUUGGUGAAACCUGAGCUCUCACCUCGUGCGAGACGGGAGUCUGUGAACAGAGGUGUCCGGCGGAUUGGACGAUCUUCCUCUUCUUCCUCUUCUCGAACCGCACCUUCCUCCAACGUGGCCACCAUGAGCGGAUUCUACUUCCACCAGAAUUCGGAACCAUACCAGCAGCUGUCGCUCGUACACGUACCCGAGCAUACGACCUCGUGUUUUGAAUUCCGAUGAGUUGUUUGUGCUCUGUGCGCCGAGCGGGGCGAGGGUUUCUGGUCCAAAAGGUCUGCAAUUAGUAUUCCGUAGACCAGUAUUACCCUUGUUCUUGUUGCUACAUGUUGCCCGCUUACUCUUUCUCCCUCGUCGCACUGACGUUAGGAAAUCUCGCUUCUCCGUUGGUUACCCCAUAUACAUCUUAGCUUGAGCCGAUACUGCGUUGUCUGGACUGCAAAGUCACCCGAUAGUUUGUACUAGUGUUUGUACGGAUACGAUUGUCAUGAAUAUACCUGUCCGCAUGAAAUGAUCUCUUACGACC